UCUAGCCCUCCUGCUAUCCUCAUCUGCAUCCAUUCGUUUGCGUUCAUUCGCACUCGUUCAGCUCGCACAAUUGGUAAGUUUUUUUCGAUUAUUUUGAUUUUAUAACUAAAUCCAGAUGUUCGUGCCAAUCUCUAGCCCUCCCGCUAUCCUCCUCAUUUACAUCCAUUCGUUUGCGCUCAUUCACACUCAUUUGCACUUGUUCACGUACUUGUUCUUGUUUGCGCUCGUUCGGAGUCAUUCGCACUUGUUGAAAUUGUUCACAAUCGUUCAUUCUGCUGGUACCUCCACCUGCUCUCUAGCUACAUUUACUAUGUCAGAUCCUAGUAUGUUGCCUCCUUGAUUCCUGCAUUUUUCACUCGGACGGUUCCCCUU